AUGAUUCUGACACCAGCAACACCGCGAGCUUCGGAUGCCAAAUGGCCGGAUAAACCGAGAGAAAAGCGUGAGAAUGAGGUCGGAUCUGAAUAUCGAAAGUUCUCAAGGGCAAAGGAUAGACCGCGUACUGCGGGUAGCACUGAAAGCGACACAGAUGAUUUGGUGACAUCUGGUGUGGAUACAAAAGAGGACCAGAUCACGUUAUGCGAUGUGCCCCAGCUUGCGAACCCAGGAACGAUGAAACUGAGCGAUGAACUGUUCGAUUUGGAAGACUGUGAUGUGUCUAUGGAUGAGAUCGAUGGCUUGUUUGACCGAUACGCCGUGUGCUUAUGUUAUAGAUUACUCCUACACUACCUCGCUGUUGAAGAACACUGGCCAGACGGCUUAUGUGCAUACAGACUGAAAAAACCGUCUGAUCCGUCGUCUGUGGUAUCGGAUAGCGCAAUCCGCUGUUCGGCUCACAUUCCGGAACCCGACGGAAAAUCAGUGCAUGAUGGUAAAUGCAACUUUCAAUUUCACAGCCUAACCCGAUCGGAGUUUACGCACGCACCAUUUGUAUUGGACAAGGGAGAUUUGUUGGAAUUCUGUUGGUCAGGACGCUGGAUGUCUUGGCAGUGUACCGCGGCCUAUUUACUGUCUAACUCGACAGAGAAAGAAAAACAACAUCUCCUGACAAGUGGAUCCACAGUGCACAUUCCAUGGGACAACCCUGGCUCGGAACCUGGAGACACCUUGAAUCAACCGACCGCCGCUCGAUGGAACAAUCAAGGCGAACAACUCUGCCCCCUGCUCCCGCCGAUCAGUUUGCCCAUUUGGAGUCCUCCUAGCCUUACUUCUGAUGAUGAGAGAGACGAAUCACUUAUGUCUGAAAACACGUGCAGGGAGGCUAUGCAAUCAAGCUCUCAACCUAUGGAAUCUUUGCUACAAAUGUCACAGAUGCACAAAGGGGCAAUGACACCAGAGCUGAGCAGGCUUUCGAGUACCCCGGACGAGGCUGGUUACUUUUCCGAUGAGGGAGGUGAUUUAACACAAAUGAAAUCUUUACGCAAACGAUCGAUUCGAAAUGAGAGACGAAUGUCCGUUCAAGGCACAAUUCACCUCACAUCUGAACAGCUGCACGACCUGCAUUUACGCUUUGGAGUCAAUGAAGCCGUGUUCUCCGUAAUAACCAAAUAUCAGGGAACGUGCCAAUGCGCCUGUUUUAUCUACCUGUGGGAUUCCUCCACAAAGCUGGUCAUAUCCGACAUUGAUGGCACAAUAACAAGAUCUGAUUGGCUUGGUCAACUCAUGCCCCUGGUCGGAUAUGAUUGGAUUCACUCCAGUGUCGUCCGCUUAUACGAUCGAAUCGCUUUGAAUGGUUAUCAGUUUAUCUAUGUGUCCUCGCGCCCUAUUGGACAAGCACGGUCGACUAGAAAAUUCCUUCACACGGUCAGACAGGGUGACUGCCAUCUCCCAGACGGACCUAUCAUUGUAGCUCCUUCAUCGGUGUUCGAAGCGUUUCAUAAGGAAGUCAUUCAGCGGAAGGCAGACGAAUUCAAAAUCGCAUGUCUCAAAGAAAUCAAGGAAGCGUUUAAGGAUGACGACGCACCUCAAGAAGAACCGCUCCCUUUUAUUGCCGGAUUUGGUAAUCGCAUUUCCGAUAUCAAGACGUAUCGAGCAGUUGGAUUGAAGGAUACGCAAAUUUUCACAGUGAACUACAAAGGCCGAGUAACAUGUGGUCGAUACGGUCAGGAGUGGACUUCGCCGGACAAGAAAAAGCCCAUCCGCUCCAAAGUAAAAACACAAAAGGCUACGGGCGUGGCAAGUGAAGCAGAACAUCAGCCCACGGAAGAACCCGGAAACACGGAAACGGGAAAAAUCGACUUAACUUACGAUGCUCUGUUGUCCAUGGUUCACAACUAUUUUCCACAACCUCAUGAUCGAUUGGUUCACGCAGACGACUGCUCCGAUUACACGUUCUGGCGGCUAUAG